AUGUCAUACUACGAUGGCGAUCUCAAAGCCGUACUCGCGCAGUUCCACGACCAUGUAGACACCGACACGCGCAAGGAAAUACUCAAGAGACUCAGCGAUAACCAGCUGUCGCGUGUAGUUAUCCAAGGCGUGAAAUGCGAGUUCGAAAGAGAAGGAUUGGAGGACAUUGCGCUGAUCAUGCUGGGUGUCAUUUCAAGGGAUUCUCGCUCGAAGCUCGCGCAUGAUUUAGAUGGAGAGAUUGGAGUCGAACUGAAGCAUGAAGAAACCGAUGACGAUGGCGAAGUCGUGAUCAAGAUGGAACAAGAGUCAGGCGACGACAACGGAGUUACCAUGCUGAGAUCCAAACCAUUGCUCGCCAUGGCGACCAUCGACGCCUACCUCAAGGCUUUGCUCACGCUUUCCGGAAACGAGCAGCUCGCCACCGCCCGCCAAAACCUUCUCCAAGGCCUCACCGACGACGACCUUUCGGAUCUACUCAAGAAGGCCGUGGGAAGAGAGUUCGCACGCGGCAGCUUGGAGAACAUUAUCUCGCUCAUCUUGGAUGUCAUCGCUAGGAACCCGGGCUCAGUCAACGGUGACGAUACCAGUGUGUCUCACGCGACAGCUGGCGCCAAGAUGGAGCAGGGGCAAGAAACCGUCAUUCAGCAGCAAUGUGAGUGCCCAAAACAAGUUUUGUAG